AUGAUAAAAUUAUUCGUUCGUAUUUCACUUGAUUCUUCUAGGGAUCCACGUUUCACCGAUGAGGUAAAGGUCUUUCAUCAAUUAGCUGCAACACUUCAACAACCAUCGAGUAGUUUAUCGCCUGAAUUGUUGCGAGCAUGGCUUGAAGAUCUUCAUAGUAAAGGCAAUGAAAAGCUUAAUGGAACAUUCAAUGGCAAACUUGAAGAGAAGCAAGUGAAGACGAACUCUGCCGAUAUACCAAUUAAUAUUUAUACACCGAUUAAUACCAACAAAGAUAAAUUAGUUGUUUACUUCCAUGGUGGAGGCUGGACAGUAGGCAGUCGAAGAACGCAUCAAACGAUUAUAAAUCUUCUUGCAGAUGCGACAAAAACUGUUUGGAUUUCGGUCGAAUAUCGUCUAAGUCCUGAACAUAAAUAUCCGAUUUGGCUCGAUGAUACAUGUGCAGUAACUAAACAUAUUAUCGAAAAUAAAGAAUCCUAUGGUUGGUUUGUUUAUCUAUCAAUAUCUUUGUUCGAUCUAACGAUAUUGAUUAUUCAUUUAGGUGUUGAUAAAACAGCUAAGAUUGGCGUAGCAGGUGAUAGUGCCGGAGGUACGAUUAGCGCAGCCGUUAGUCAAGAGAUGAAAAAUAUCGAUUUUCAGAUUCUCGUCUAUGGUUGGUAUGAUUUUACUCGUUCAGCACCGUCUUACAAGGAAUUUACUGAUGAACAGUAUCUUUCUACACCUGCACUGCUUGAUUUGUGUAUCAAAAAUGCAUUUAAUAAUGAAGUUGAUGCGAACGAUCCUCGAAUAUCUGUCUUACGUAAUACAUCACCCGAUCGAUUACCACCAACUUUAUUUAUUGUUGCUGAACUAGAUCCACUUCGAGAUGAUAGCUACGCAUAUAAGGAAAUUCUGGAUAAAGCUGGUGUAAAGAACAAGCUUGUACUUUUCAAAGGUGUUAUUCAUGACUUUUUUGCCUUACCUGGAACCUAUCCAAAAGCAUGUGCACAAGCUAUUGAUGCUGUUCAAGAAUUCAUGGCAUCCAUCUCAUAA